GAAGGCGCUGUUGCUGCGUGAGGCACCUCGGGCUCGUCGGUGUGCCGUUGAUGAUCGUGAGUAUUUGAAGCCUGAAAAUAAUCCUCGCGAAUAUUCUCAUCGGUCAAAGAUGACUGAUCCAGAUGUUGUGACUGAAGUGCCUGCAGCUUUGAAACGACUUGCCAAAUAUGUUGUGAGAGGAUUUUAUGGACUAGAGCAUGCACUAGCUUUGGAUAUCCUCAUUAGAAACCCCUGUGUCAAAGAAGAGGACAUGUUGGAGCUGCUGAAAUUUGACCGUAAACAACUGCGAGCAGUUUUGAAUACAUUGAAAAAUGACAAAUUUAUUAAAAGUAGAAUGCGAGUUGAAACUGCUCCUGAUGGUAAAACUACAAGACAUAAUUAUUACUUCAUAAAUUACCGUCUUCUGGUGAAUGUGGUGAAGUACAAACUUGACCACAUGAGGAGAAGGAUUGAGACGGAUGAACGAGAUUCUACAAACAGAGCUUCUUUUAAAUGUCCCAACUGUUACAAAACGUUCACAGAUCUGGAAGCCAACCAACUAUUUGAUGUAAUGACAGGAACAUUCCGGUGCACUUUCUGUCAAACUGAGGUUGAGGAAGAUGAAUCUGCAUUACCAAAGAAAGAUGCCCGAACACUUUUGGCAAGAUUCAAUGAACAGAUUGAACCAAUCUAUGCCCUAUUGCGAGAAACUGAAGAUGUUAACCUGGCCUAUGAAAUCCUCGAGCCAGAACCAACAGAAAUUCCAUCACUUAGAGCAAGUCAACGAACUCCUGGUGCUGUCGGUGGAAAUAUGAAUUCUCAGAAAGAACUUUGGGUGAAUAGAGGACCCACGUAUGAGGACCUUUACACUCAAAAAGUCAUCAUCAAUAUGGAAGAACAUGAUGUUCAGCACAAAGCUGGUUCUGAUGGCAAACCAGUUAAGGAGAGACCAAUCUGGCUGAGAGAGAGCACAGUCAGAGGAACAUUUGCAGACUCAGAGGAACUCCAAGAAGAUGAUAUGACUGCUGACUCAUAUCAUGAUCGUGAUGGAAAAGGAAAUCCAAUUGAAGCAAAUGAAGAAGUUAUGCAAACAUUGCUCAUCCAUGAAAAGAAAAGUACAUCAGCAACAGUAGCUGCAGCUGCUACAAUCCCAACUUCAAAUGCCAGUGAUUCAGAGAGUGAAACAAGUGAAUCAGAGGAUGAGUCACCUCGACCACAGGCAGCGGCAGCAUCAUUCCCAGUGGCAGCAGCUGAUGAGGAUGAAGAGUUUGAGGAUGAACCAACUGUUUUGGUAGCAGGACAACCAUAUUCAUAUAGCCAGGUCAGCCAGUGUGAAGGGUUAGUGGCUCAGAUGACAGCUGAAGAGAAAGAAGCAUAUAUUGCCAUGGGACAAAGAAUAUUCCAAGAUAUGUAUGAAUGACCUGUUCCCACGGAACAAACGUUUUUGAAGUUCCUAAAUAUUUCCUGUGGUUUUAUUAGUCAGUGUUUCCACAGUUUUAAAUAUAUCUACCAAAGUGUUAAGAGACAGCAUUCCUUUCUCAACAAAAUUACAGGCUGUGUUUAAGAAGUAUUUUGAAGACAAAAGUAUUUUUAGAAGGCUAAAGUGCUGCAGUGCCCUAUAACAUUUAUACUAUUUAUUUCAUAGUUAGUCCUUUUAUUACAUAAUUUUAUCCCCAAGAUUGUUAAAUCCUUGUUUAACUAACCUAUCUUUUUAUCCUGCUGUUUGAAGGAUAUAAUAAAUGCUGAUAGUGCUCAUAAAAGUAUUUUUGAAAAAUUGGUCAAUCUAAUUGCCUCUGUAAUUCAACAAAAAUCUCUGUCUCUCAGGCAUACAAAUCGGAAAUGUUCCUGGUUGAAUUCCUUACCUAUGCUAGUUGACUUCAGAUUAAACAAUAGAAAGGAGUUAUAUUCCUAGUUUGGCUAGAUGAAAAUCAACUAAGAUGGCUAAAUUUCAUCACUAUUUAUUCAUCCCUUCUGAAACGAUCUACCCUAGAUGAGUGGUGAGGAUUAGGAUUAGUUUGGAGUCCUUGAUGCAUGUAUAGCCAUGGGCAGUCAGUGUCUAGGCAUGGAAACUUGCAUUACAUACCAUCCAAUCUCUAUCGUCUGUGGAAUUGUACCUUGGUGGUAAUCAGUGACAAGAAGAACAAGAGAACAUUUUGACCUAAAACAUUUUAUCUACAAUGAAAAAAUGUUAAGUUAUAGAGCAGUUCAGUUUUACAGUGAGUUGGGCAAGUGCCAAACCAGAAGCAAAGUUUAAAUAUAUGGUUUUUAUAUGUCAUCUUAAGGUUAAUUUGCAUACAACAGCUGAAAUAUUAAGGUGGCUGAGUAAAUUUUUAUAUAACAGUUCAGAAGAUUACAACAAAACUAUGUUUAAUUGAUUUAAUACAAUUGGGUUUCACAACUUUACUGCUAAUGCAUCUUAAAUGAGCAAUGCUCGAAAUGCUCAGCAGUUCAUUUUGGUCUUGUGGUUGGAAAACACAAUGAAAUUUAUAAUUUAAUGGUCUUCUUUGAGAACCAAAAUAGUAACCACAACCCCCACUCCUUUU